AUGGCUACUGUGGGGACCUGGCUUUUGUGGUUGAGCUAUGCCUUCCCUCUGCUGCUUCCACAGGGCUGUGCUCAGCAACACAAGGGGUUUUCUAGCCCUGAACAUGGAUUUUGCCAGACUAUCUCGAUCCCACUGUGUUCUGACAUCGCCUAUAAUCAGACCAUCAUGCCCAACCUACUGGGCCACACUAACCAAGAAGACGCCGGACUGGAGGUUCACCAGUUCUACCCACUUGUCGAAGUCCAGUGCUCUGCAGACCUUAAGUUCUUCCUGUGCUCUAUGUACGCACCAGUGUGCACCGUUCUAGAGCAAGCUAUCCCACCCUGCAGGACUCUGUGUGACCGCGCUCGGCACGGCUGUGAGGCACUAAUGAAUACAUUUGGCUUUCAGUGGCCAGAAAGACUGCGCUGCGAGAACUUCCCUGUCCACGGUGCCGGACAGAUCUGCGUGGGUCAGAACACAUCUGAGAGCAACGAUCCAAUGCCAGAUCCUGCGCCGAACCUCCCAGAGCUGUUCAACUCGCCGUCACACGACUUCAGCAACACAGAUUUUUCCUGCCCAUCACAACUGAAGGUACCGGCUUACCUCAGCUACAGCUUCCUCGGUGCAGAGGACUGUGGGGCCCCCUGUGAGUUCUCCAUGCCUGGUGGACUGAUGUACUUCAGAGAGGAGGAGCUCAAGUUUGGACGGCUCUGGAUUGCCUUUUGGGCUCUAUUGUGUUGUGUCAGCACUCUCUUCACCAUCUUGACUUACGCAGUAGAUGCACAGCGCUUUCCAUACCCCGAGAGAUCUGUUGUCUUUCUCUCAGGUUGCUACUUUAUGGUAGCUCUGGUGUACGUUGCCGGCUUCCUGCUGGAGGAAAAAGUCAUCUGUGUGGACAAGUUUAAGGUGGACGGUUGGAAGAUGGUGGUUCAGGGUACCAAAAAAGAGGGCUGCACUAUCCUCUUUAUCGUGGCCUACUUCUUCAGUAUGGCGAGCUCCAUCUGGUGGGUCAUUUUGUCUCUCACCUGGUUUCUGUCAGCGGGGAAAAAGUGGGGACACGAGGCCAUAGAGGCAAAUUCCAGACACUUCCACCUGGUGGCAUGGUCGAUGCCAGCUUUGAAAACUGUCACCAUCCUGGCGAUGGGGCAGGUGGAGGGUGACCUUUUGACCGGCGUGUGCUACGUGGGCGUGUACAAUGUUGACGCUCUGCGGGGCUUUGUGCUGGCACCGCUCUUCAUCUCCCUCCUCGUCGGGACUUCUUUUUUGCUAGCCGGCUUUGUGUCGCUCUUCCGCAUUCGCACCACCAUGAAGCUUGGUGGUACUGAGACGGAGAAGCUAGAGAAGCUGAUGGUGCGGAUUGGUGUGUUCAGCGUGCUGUACACGCUACCCGCCGCCACUGUGGUAGCCUGCCACUUCUACGAGCAGGCACUUCGACCGCAGUGGGAACUCACGUGGCGUUUGUGGACAUGCAAGCAACUCGCAGUUCCAUGCCCUUCUGGCAACUUUACUCCGAAGAUGCCGGUAUUCACUGUGUUCAUGAUCAAGUACCUGAUGCACAUGAAUGUUGGGAUCACAUCAGGCUUCUGGAUCUGGUCUGGAAAGACUGUGGAGUCCUGGCGUCACUUUUACAAGAGACUGAGUGGCUCAGAGCUGGGAGAUGCAACACUAUAG